AUGGCACAUUCUCGUUCGUCUUCUGCUCCAUCUUUAGAACUUGAUCUUAAUAAACCCAAUUCUUCAAAUUCUGAGACUGAAUCUUCGACUACCACCUCUUCACAAAAAACAGAAGCAUGUCAAAUAGUCGUAACAUCACCAUCACCACAUUUUAUUCUAACAACAAAUACAACCAUUACCACCACAACUAUCAACUCAAUUGCAAUCGCGACCGCUGACGCCUCAACCAAAAGUGCAGCUCAAUUGCCGCCACCACGACCACAACACGCUGCGCCUCUCCGUUCACAAGCAGCGCGAAGAGGGCCUGUCCAAUGCGACGAAAGAAUAGCAGAAAUGAAUAGGAGAAGAAAUGAAC